UGCGUGGAAAAUAAAACAGUACAGCGAAUAUAGUACGGUAAAAGCGCGUAAAAUAUAUUUUUUUUAAGCUUUUGAAGGAAAUUAUAUAAAUUGCCAAAAUAUGUUAAUACCGAGAUUUCUAGUAAUACCGAUAACAAUUGUGUUUUGUAUUCUAAUCAGUUUCCCCACGCGCGCAAAAGCAGUACCGAUAUCGGAACAUGAAGAAGCUUCUCGAAGACUUUACAAGGCGCAUGGAUUUUGUGUUCAAAACAGCUCUACGCCCACGUCAAUAGACAAGGAGUACCGGAGCACCAAACGAGAACCCGCCGCCUACGUACGCUGUGUAGCUAGUAAUAUGGGUUUAUGGACCGAUGCCAGUGGCUACCAAGCCAAACGCGUGGCGAAAUUCUUCAUUAAAGAACACAAUGAGAACGAAGUGAUGACCGUGGUGGACUAUUGUAAUCAAAAGCAUCAGCAAACGGAUUUGGAUUUAUGGGCCUACGAGGCGUAUCGUUGCGCGACAGCAGGACGAAUGGGUAUUUGGUUGAGAGAGUACGUAGUGAGUGCGAAAUUAUGA